AUGUCACAACGUCAUCGUUCAUCGAAAAUAAUUGAAACAUUUGAUGAACAAUUCUCAUCAUUAUCAUCUGAAGAAUUACAAACAUUUAUUAAACAUGUUCGUCGUCGUUUAGAUGACGUUGAUGAAAAAGAAAAACCUGUUAAAGAAGAAAAUAAUAUAUUUUCACGUGUUUUUCUUUUAUCAGCCUUAUUGAUUCUUCAAUCAGGUUCAUCAUUUAUUUUACAAUCAUUUUCGGAUCUUAUUUCUCGUCAUAUAUUAAUAACAAUGUAUUUAACAAUGCUUGUUGGUGCCGGUGGAAAUGCUGGUAAUCAAGCAGCUGUUCUAGUUAUUCGUCGUUUAGCAACAUCGAAAUCAUUUUCAGUUCGUUCACUUAUUUUACGUGAAACAUUUUCAGCAGUUAUUAUUGGUGCAUUGGUUACAUUAGUUGGUUUUGUUCGUGUAUGGAUUGAAGAACGUGGUGCAAUUUUACCAUCAUUAACUAUUGGAAUAGCAUUAUUUUGUAUAGUGACAUCAUCGAUUUUACUUGGUACAUUACUUCCAAUAAUUUUACAACGUAUUAUACAUGUUGAUCCUGCUCAUGCAGGUCCAAUCAUUCAAGUUAUCAUGGAUAUACUUGGUGUUUGUAUAACAUGUGCUGUUGGACAAACACUUCUCGUUAAUUUAUCCUCUCAUAAACAUAAAGAAUUGUAG